AAAUGGGCCCAAGAUCUGAAACGUAAUCCUGGAAGCUUCUAUGACCUAACGGUCUGCCGGCCAAAGUAAUGGAGUUAGGCAACUCCUGUUUGGCUUCGGAGGCAAGGUACUGAUACCUAACAACUUGUCUGUGAGAAUCUUGUGUCAGAAGCGUGUGUAUGGCUUGCCCAUCACGGUGCAGAUCUUUCAGUGAUGUUGUUGAUUAUCUUCCGCUGUUCUGUCUUCGGACAGAAUCGACCAGUGCGCACCGGAAGUAUGCAACUCAGGGCGGACGCCCUUCUGGGUGCAAUCUUCGUGAGUGACUGCGCUCGCCAUCGGUGCAAUGGUGUGUUGCAUAUCUGUAAAGUUGAAUAUUUUUUUUGGUUCCCUUCAGUAGGUUGUGGGAUGGAGCACUAUAUAAUGCCCGGUGCCUCCGUGGAGGAACCAACACGAGCAGCUCACCCAUCAUGAUUUACUCAGUUACUCGUCUCUUCUUCAUUGUUGUCGCUGUUGUUGUCCCCUGUGUCUAUGCUCACAUUGCCUUUUGGCACCCGAGCAUGUGGGGCUUCAACGUCACAGACAAGGACCCAGCGUAUUCUUACGACAAUCGUCCUGUUGUACCCCUGGCGCGUAUGACGUUUAACGAGUGGUGGUUUCACAACCACCUUUCAUAUCCUCCGCACCCAAAUGAUGUCUUUGAACUGCCCGCUGGGAAAGCCGCCAUUGCAGAACUUGGGUGCAACAAGGGCGCGACAACGUGGUGGAAUUCGUCCGAAGGUGGAGAUGUUCGUCAGGGGGACUGGCCUUGCCCCAGAUCCACUUCUGUCCAGUUCCACACCACAGGUAUUGAUGACGUUAAAGGUUGUGCACUUGCCAUUGUCUAUGAAUCGGACGUCAGCGAGAUUAAACCAGAAGACUUUACGGUCUUUAGCGUCAAUCAGACUUGCGUCUGGCACAGAUUCACGGCGUUCCAGGUUCCUGCUGACAUGCCAGUCUGUCCUGGCGGAAAAUGCACGUGUGCAUGGUUCUGGAUUCACUCUCCUGAUAGCGGUUCUGAACAAAUGUAUAUGAAUGCCUUCCAGUGCACAGUAACGGGUUCUAAGCACGAUGCACCAGCUCUCAUGAAGCCUCAAGUUGCAAGACGUUGCGGAGCAGAUCCUGAGCACGGAAUCAUCCACCCUACCCCCAGCAACUGUACGCACGGAGCGAAGCAACCAUUGUACUGGCUGCAAAAUGAAGGCAACAACAUGUUUGAGGACUACAUGGGUCCUCCUUUUUACAACGACCUUUAUGAUUUUAAAGACGGAGCUCAGAAUGACAUAUUCGUGACCAAUGUGAAAAAUGCUGCUCAGAGUCAAAAGCGGGAUAUAUAUCGGUCGUCUCGCUUCUCAAGGUUUUGGGCCAUUAAACUUCGUGCUUCGAUAGAAACAAUGGAGGAGGGUGUAUAGGAAGGAUACGUUAUGUGCUUGUAGUUUGGAAUCACUUC